AUGGUCGCCUCCCAAAGUCCGUUCAUGUGUGCUUUCAAAAUUGCUCGUGCUCCAUGUCGUGUGGUACCCUCUUCCAAACGCCCAGUCGCUACCCUAUCCUCGCGUACUCUUUUAGCUAGUGAGGCUGUAGCGCCUGCACUGCCUGCGAUCUUCGACAUAUUCGAUGCACCCGUCAGGCUGGGAGAGUCGAGUAAGCAACUCGGACGAUCCAAGGUUGAGGAACCUGUUCUAUUGUCUCCUUCGGCUACCCAGGCCGGGCGACAGAGUUCUAUGGGUAUUUACAGUGCUUUGGGAAACCCUACUACCCUCCCUCCGCCAAUCAUUUUUGAUGGACCAGCUCGGCCCCGUCACCUUUUAUCCGAUGCCAGUAAGAAACCUCGCCAAGUUCUACGAGGCUCCCUACUGGACAAAAAUAAAUUCUCCACCCUGUCUUCUUCUGAAUCAGAGAUACUCUGCGAGAUUUUCGACGGUCCUUCACGCCUCACUCGGUACAAGUAUCCUGCAGUGCCAAAUGAGCCGUCUUCGUCUUACCUUCGCAUUGCUUUUACCCUGUGCUUAUCGGGCACCUUCGGUUGGAUGAUAUCCCAAGAAUGA